AUGGCCACUGAUCCCACCGACCCUCCCGCCCUGCGCUUCCUCGACACUCUUCUCCCCUGCACCUUUCUUCUCUCCACCUUCGGCUCGCUCAUCACCUUCACCACUGCCGUAGGCAUUUACGGGGGCCCACGGCGGUACUUUGACGAAAUCCAGGUCUUCAUCGCUCUCGCGUGGUUGUUUUUCAUGUUAUCUCUCGCCGUGGCGACGGUGACCAGCAUGGCGUUGACCUUCCACAGACGGCAUGUGCGAGAUGCCUUUGACCGAGGGUACAAGUCCUGGCGGGGCGGGGCGGGGAGUCGUACGGCCGGUGAGAGAUCUGUCGUCUUUGGUAUCGUGGUUCUGGGGAUGGGAGGGAUGUGGUUGAUGCUGUUGGAGUGUCUGGCCUUUGUGUUUUUGAGUCUGUCGAUCGCGGCGUAUUCCCUGGCCGUGGGGUGGAUCGGGUUUGUCGUGUCGGCGGGCAUGAUGAUUCUGACCGUGGUGUUCUGGGUUCUGAUGGGCCAGAGGGAUUGA